AUGGCUUACCGAGGCCAGCCAUCAACCUCCUACAGCACGUCUGCAUCGCUCUCCUACCCCUACUACACCUAUGGUGAGUAUAACACCACAACGACGUCACGUCCGAGGACGCGUAAGAGCACUGGCCGUCCAAGUAUCGCACGUCCGAGAACCGGUGCUUCCACCAUCGCCAGGAUUGAAGCUCAGGAAGUCAUCUGCGCUGUCACCGAGUCUCGUGGCAUUUCUCCCACCGUAGGCUUAGCCUUCGUCAACCUCGACACUGGCGAAGCAAUCCUCUGCCAAAUCUGUGACAGUCAGACUUAUGUGCGGACUGUACACAAGCUGAGAGUUCUGGGGCCCUCUGAGAUCCUCAUCGUCUCCACUGCCUCCAGCCCCAAGUCCAAACUGUUCUCUAUCAUCGAGGAGAAUCUGGAGGUCAUUGAAAGCAAGCUGACACUGCUCGACCGCCGGUACUGGGCGGAAACUACUGGCUAUGAGUACAUACAAGACCUUGCGUUUGCCGAAGAUGUUGAGGCAAUCAAGGUUUCUGUAUCCGGGAAUUAUUACGCGGUUUGCUGCAUCGCUGCCGUCAUCAAGUACAUCGAGCUCGGCCUGGGCAAGACGUUUCCAUAUCACUCUCUCAGAAUGAAGUACGAACCCUCCGAAGGCUCCAUGAUGAUUGACGUCUCGACCAUCCAUUCCCUCGAACUUGUACAGAAUCUUCAGGAUCCAAAGUCCAGAGAUUGUCUAUUUGGUCUCCUGAACGAAACCCUGACCCCAAUGGGUUCUCGACUGCUUCGCAGCAAUGUGGUUCAACCCCUCACUGACCCCGACACCCUCAAUGGCCGGUACGAUGCCUUGGAGGAGCUAACUACAAAAGAGGAGGUGUUCUUCGCCACUCGUGCUGCCCUGAAGAACUUCAUCGAUGCAGACAGGAUCCUUACGGCCCUGAUCGUUAUCCCCACGAAACCCACCAUACAUACCACUGAACAGAGCAUCAACCAGGUCAUCAUGCUAAAACAUUUUGUCAAUUCCGUCAGUCCAGUGUACGAAGCACUGACAGGCGCAAGAAGCGACAUGCUCAGCAACAUUCGCGAGCUUUGCGCGCCCAUCAAUGUCCGACCCGUACAGGAAUUGAUUGAUAGCGUAAUCAAUGAGGACACUACAUUCGCCAAACAGCCGCUUGAGUUGCGGAAUCAGCGCACCUAUGCAGUCAAGUCCGGUGUUAACGGCCUGCUCGAUGUCGCCCGGACAACGUAUAAGGAGGCAAUGGAGGAUGCUUAUCAGCAUUCCAACGAACUUAGCCAAGAAUAUGAUUUGCAACUCGAGCUCAAAUAUGAGACUGCUCGGCAGUUCUACAUUCGCAUCGCAAUGGCUGAUCUAGGGGAUAGGCCGUUGCCUCCUGUCUUCGUCAAUGUCUUCCGGAAGAGGAACACGAUUGAGUGCCAGACCUUGGAGCUGAUGAAGCGUAACCAGAAAGUGAGCAUGACCUGUGACGAGGCGGUUCAGGGGCUCAUUGAGGAAGUCCGCGGAUAUAUGUCGCAGCUCUUCAAAAUUUGCGAGGCCAUCGCCAUGCUGGACAUGAUCGCCGCAUUUGCGCACCUUGUGACCCUUCAUGACUACGUCAGACCGCACAUCACCGACACCCUUGCAAUCAGGGCUGGACGACACCCCAUUCGUGAGAAGAUCAUGCAGCACAAGUAUGUCCCGAACGAUGUAUAUGCCACGCAGCAAACCCGGUUUCAGAUCAUCACGGGCUGCAACAUGAGCGGUAAUAGCACUUAUAUUCGCUCGGUCGCUCUCAUGUGUAUCAUGGCACAAAUAGGCAGUUUCGUUCCUGCUACGUAUGCCUCGUUUCCUAUAUUUCAUCAACUGUUCGCCAGGUUGGGUAUGGACGAUAAUAUUGAUACGAAUGUAUCGACGUUCGCGGCUGAGAUGAGGGAUAUUGCAUUCAUUCUCCGCAACAUCGACAGGCGCAGCUUGGCGAUCGUUGAUGAGCUGGGAAGAGGCACCAGCACUAGGGACGGUCUAGCCAUUGCACUAGCCAUUGCGGAGGCACUCGUCCAGAGCAGGGCUCUUGUAUGGUUUGCAACUCACUUCAGGGAUAUUGCCAGGAUCCUCGCGGAGCGCAACGGCGUUGUUAGUCUGCAUCUUGCUGUUGAAAUCAGCAACAACGACACCAUGACCAUGCUCUACAAAGUCAAAGAGGGUGCAGUGAACGAAACACACUAUGGUCUCACACUCGCCCGUAUCGUCCCCUUCCCCCCAGGUCUCAUCGAACGGGCAACGGAUGUUGCCCGAACAUUGGAGCAACACAUGCAGCAACGCAAGAAGACGUCUACAGCGGUCAUCAAGGAGCGGCGUCGCAAAUUAAUUCUCAAUCUCAAGGAGCAUCUCGUCCAGGCACACAGCGGUGUCAUGGAUGGUGAAGUUCUCGCCGCCUGGCUGAGGGAGCUGCAGAAAGAGUUCGUCACUCGCAUGACGGCUAUUGAUGAGAAGGCUGCCCGCGCUGACGGGAGUGAUGAUGCUGGAGAGGAUGUUGAAGAGAUGGAGGGUGUCCAGAUAGGCGAGGAGGAUGCGGGGGCUUCUUCUACGCAGAGUGUGACCGAGAUUGGGGUGGAUGAACACCGUGCGGCGAGAUCUGCUGAAAUGCGGCAGCCUUCAAUCAUCACGGUCGACUCUCACAUCACGUCUUCCGACUUGGAGUGUACUUCCCCGGUACGUGCCGUGUCGGAGAAUGAGCGGUGA